CUUCUCCUCCCUCCUCCUCCUCCUCCUCCUCCCUCCCCCUUCAUCCUCUGCUGGGAGCCAGUGCUGAGUGGAUGAGCAGUAGGGCAAGAUCUUCACCACAGCAAAGCAUGUGUGCUGUCUCCUCGUGUGACUUGUGUUAGAAGAUAAAUUAACUCUGUGACAGCAGGAUCUGUGUCGCCGAACACAAGUCCAGCCUCAUGUUUGACGUGAAGGAGGAAGAACAAACGAGGAGCGAUAUGGGAUUCACUCAGAGCUCACCCUGAUUUCACCGUCAUCAUCAUCUUCACUCACAUUCAGGCUGAUGGACACUCAGGAUCAGACGGGGACAGGACUGCUGUCCAGGCUGUCCAACAUGAUGCAUUUUGGGAGGAGCAGCGUUGGCCCUGCAGAGUCCAGCGUCAGCAGCCAGAGAACAGAGGAGAACACGAGGAGCAGGAGCAGCGAUUGUCGCUGCGCCCUGGCUGCACAAAACAUGAACAACUCCAACAACAAUGAUGGUAAAAAAGAUGAGAAGAAAGAUGAAAAGAAAGAUGAAAAGAAAGACGAGAAGAAAGAUGAAAAGAAAGACGAGAAGAAAGAUGAAAAGAAAGACGAGAAGAAAGACGAAAAGAAAGAUGAAAAGAAAGACGAUAAGAAAGAUGCCAAGAAAGACGACAAAAAGGAUGAUAAAAAGGAAGAACCAAAGGAGGUGUGGAUCAUGGACCCCGCCACAGAUAUGUACUAUUACUGGCUGUGCUCAAUAUCUAUUCCAGUGUUCUACAACCUGAUGCUCCUGGUGGCCAGGGCUUGUUUCAACGAACUGCAGUAUGCAAAUUCAACCACAUGGAUGGUUGCGGACUACAUUUCAGAUGUCAUCUACUACAUUGACACCUUUGUGAGAGCCAGGACAGGUUUUCUGGAGCAAGGUCUUCUUGUAAAGGAUGAGAAGAUCCUGAAAGAAAAGUACAUGAAGACGCGCCAGUUCAAAUUAGACAUCAUAUCAAUCAUUCCCACAGAUAUUGUUUUCCUCAAAAUUGGAGUUGACAACCCAGAGUGGAGGUUCAACCGUCUCUUUAGGUUAGCGCGACUCUUUGAGUUCUUUGACCGGACUGAAACUCGAACCAAUUUCCCCAACAUCUUUCGAAUUGCUAACCUUGUACUUUACAUCAUUAUCAUUAUCCACUGGAAUGGUUGCCUCUACUUUGCCAUCUCCAAGGUACUUGGCUUUGGCUCAGACACCUGGGUUUAUCCAGCCACCACUAAUCCUGAAUUUGCUCGUCUGGCGAGACAGUACAUCUACUGCUUUUAUUGGUCCACUCUUACCCUGACCACUAUUGGAGAGACACCACCCCCUGUCCGAGAUGUUGAAUACUUUUUUGUGGUAGUUGACUUCCUCACUGGGGUUCUGAUCUUUGCUACAAUUGUAGGCAAUGUUGGUGCCAUGAUUUCCAACAUGAAUGCUGCACGUGUAGAGUUCCAGGCUAAGAUUGACUCUAUCAAGCAAUACAUGCAAUUUCGAAAGGUCACCAAAGACCUGGAGGCCAGGGUGGUGAAGUGGUUUGACUACCUUUGGACGGAGGAGAAAACCUGCGAUGAGAAGCUGGUGCUGAAGAACCUGCCGGACAAACUAAAAGCUGAGAUAGCCAUCAACGUCCAUCUGGAGACUCUAAGGAAAGUGCGCAUCUUUCAAGACUGUGAAGCAGGUUUGCUUGUUGAGUUGGUCCUUAAACUUCAGCCACAAGUUUUCAGUCCUGGUGACUACAUCUGUAAGAAGGGGGACAUUGGCAGAGAAAUGUAUAUCAUCAAAGAAGGAAAGCUGGCUGUGGUAGCAGAUGAUGGGGUGACCCAGUUUGUGGUCCUCAGUGAUGGGGCAUACUUUGGAGAAAUCAGCAUCCUUGGUAUCAAGGGGAGUAAGGCAGGAAACCGAAGAACAGCCAACAUUCGAAGUGUGGGCUAUUCUGAUCUGUUUGCCCUGUCCAAAGACGAUCUGAUGGAGGCACUCAUUGAGUAUCCUGAUGCUAAAACCUUGCUGGAGGAGAAGGGAAAGUCCAUUCUGAUGAAAGAUAAUCUCAUAGAUGAGUCACUGGUCGCUGCUGUUGAUGUCAAAGACUUGGAGGAAAAGGUCAACAAAAUUGAGGGGCAUAUCGAGGUCAUGACAGUCAAAUUUCGAAAGCUAGCAGACCAGUAUGAAUCUUCCCAGCGUAAACUAAAGCAACGGCUCACUAAUAUCUCAAACCAGGUCCGAACCCUCAGAAUAGACGAGUAGAUCUUGGCUUGGCACUGCUACUGCUGGUCUUAAGGACUUUUCCACUUCAGGGCAUUCUUUCAGAGGUCAUUCCAUGGUGCUGUUGGACUCGUCACCAAAUAGCACAUGACCAGCACUUGGACAGUGGCUGUCUCCAUUCAUUAAUCCUAUAUAUGGUCAAAUAGAAAGGUUGCCUUGAAGGUUGACCACUCUCAUACACACAGAUAUUCAGAGGGCUGGGUAAUUCCAUACUUCAUAAGUACCAACUGAUAAGCUCAGUCCCUAGGGACUUGGGUUGGGAACCAGAGGGUCGCUUCAAGUCCCCGUCUGGAUUUAACAUGGAGUGUGAACUUGGCACUCCCGGGCACUACCGAGGUGAUCUUGAGCAACGCACUGAAACCCCAACUGCUUGGGGCGCCUGUCCAUAGCCAGACCCUCACUCUGACAUCUCUCCACUUAAUGCAUGUAUAGUUCCUGUUUGUGUGUGUAUUCCAAGCCUGUGUGUACAUGACAACAGCGUGACAAAAUUGAAUUUCCCCUCAGGGAUUGAUAAAGUAUCUUCUUCUUUGUGUCCCUACUGAGUAUCAUAAAACUGUUACUUCAAUAGAUUAUAGGAUACUUGGUAAGAUUUUCGUGAACAUUAAACAGGCACUUUCUGAUCAUUUAGAUCAUUUUGUACUGAUAUAUACAGGAAAGUUUCAUUGCAGCCGUUUAUGUGAUGCAGUUGAGAUAUUUGGCUUAUUGUGUUGAAUUUUUAAAAUGUUUCUUUGCCAGUCUGGUCCAAGAACAAAGAUUUGUGUCAUAUUUGUACCUGUCUGGAAGCAAUCUAUAUGACGCCCAACUCUAGCAAUGCAUUUUCGUGAGUAAUUACAAAGGCAUCUGUCAAUGCUACAUGUUUAUUGAAAAUAAAAAUUGUAAUUCACACACCUGCCCAAAUUUCUGUGAUUAAAAACAAAUCACAACCCUUUUUCAAUUUUAUUUGUGGUAUUUGUAGCAUGAUAUUGAAAACAACAUUGUUACCAGAAGUACUGUUUCCAGGGUCUGUUAUUUAAGCACUGAUUGAAAUAAACUGAUUUGAAGUCA